GAAAUGCAGCGCCCAAUUCCCGUCGACAUUCUCUCCGACUCCGAUUCCGAUUCCGAACCCGGCCGAAAUCGCCGGAGUCUCCGAGACGAAGCGAUUGACCUCACUACGCCGCCGCCAUUCCCUCAAUCCAAGAAGAAACAAAAAACCGACACCUUUUCAAACCCUAGUAACUCCACCGUCUUCAUCAUUGACGAUGACCCCACGCCAAUCAAGUCAAAUACUCAUUCCUUCGUCGCCGAUACGCCAUUCUCCGAUGCGUCCUUCGUCAAAUGCUCUCGAGGAAUAUCCUCCUUUUCAGGUUUAGCUCCUGAGGAACUUGUAGUUGCCGAAACUCCAAUUUCUGAACUCCCGAAACCUAAGGUUGCGAUCAGCACAAGAAUCUCCAUUGCCGAAGAUGCUUGUCCGUUUGUUACAAACCACAACUCUGGUGGUUUAGCUCCUGAGGAACUUGUAGUUGCCGAAACUCCAAUUUCUGAACUCCCAAAACCUAAGGUUGCGAUCAGCACAAGAAUCUCCACUGUUGAAGAUGCUCAUCCGUUUGUUACAAACCACAACUCUGGCGAAAUCAAGGGAUGGAUAUGUGUGGAUUCAGAUGAUGAAUCUGAAGAUAUUGGUCGAAUUGGAGCUAUGGAUGAUAAUGCAAGUACUUUUGCUGCUAGAUUGGAAGAUGAGACAGGAGUUCCAUCGAGAUGGGGUGAAUCCUCGUCAUUUUCUUGUGGGACUUCCUUUCAACAUCAAAAGAAAGACACACAGAACUCAGCUAGAAUGCAUAUCUUAGAAGACUGUUCAAUUCCUGGAACAUCAGACGAUGGCAUAUCUGAGGCACAUGUCAGUCGUGAUGACAAAGCUAGUAAACUAGACGAUACAGAUCAGAUUUUGAAUCAACGGGAUAACAAUACAUGCUUCUUGAAAGAGAAAAAGAAAAGAAAUGACACAGUGAAUAAAAAGGGAACAGCCAAGGAGGAAAGACUUCGUCUGAUGGAAGAAAAGAAAAGGCUCAAAGAACAAGAGAAGUUGCUUAAAGCUGCUUCAAAGGCUGAGGCUGCUGAGUUGAAGAAACGGGAGAAGGAAAUGCAGAAAUGGGAAAAGGGUAAAUAUGCUCUCAAAUCCAUUGUUGCUGAGAUUGAUACAAAAGUGAUUGAACUGGGAGCAAUUGGAGGACAUCUUCUCACUAGAUUUGCUGAAAAGGGGCUCUCAUAUCGAAUAACAUCAAAUCCAGUGGAAAGAACUAUUAUAUGGAAUAUGGCUGUUCCUGAAGAAGUUUCUCUGAUUGCUCCUGAAAGAAUUACAGUCUCUUAUAUUCUAGUUGUAUAUGAAGCUGAAGAGUUCUGUAACCUUGUCGUGAAUAAGCGCCUGAUGGAUCAUGUUAAGAGUGUUCAACGUUGUUAUCCUCAUCACACUGUAUGUUACGUCACAAAUAAGCUUAUGGCCUACAUCAACAAAAGGGAACAAGCACAUUACAAGAACCCUGCUAACAACCCUGGUUGGAAGCGACCUGCUGUAGAGGAGGCCUUUGCGAAAUUGACCACCCAUUUUUCUAAAGUACAUUCAAGGCAGUGUGUUGAUGAAGCUGAAUUAGCUGAACAUGUGGUCGGUUUAACUUGCAGCCUCGCAAAUUGCCAAUUUAGGAAAAGACUGACGCGGUUUUCAGUUAACGCAAAUGGAUCUGCUAUCCCUAAAGACUGUGUUGAUAGGAAUUUAAUUAAGAAAAAUUUGUGGCUAAAGGUAUUGGUGGCUAUCCCUAAGGUGCAGCCACGGUUCGCUAUAGCCAUAUGGAAGAAAUAUCCUACAAUGAAGUCUCUUUUAAGAGUGUACAUGGAUCCAAAAAAAUCUGUUCACGAGAAGGAAUUUCUGCUCAAGGACUUAACCACAGAAGGCUUACUCGGUGAUGAUAGACGACUCGGUGAGGUUUGUUCUAAGCGAAUGUACAGAAUCCUUAUGGCUCAAUCCGGACACAUCAAGACAGAUGAUGUUGAGGAUGGGGCCGAUUUCUUUAAUCUCUAGCGAUGCUAUCAGUGAUCAGAUAUCCAUUAUGGGAACAGUUGAGGCCAGCAACUUCUUAUAUGCUCAUGUGUUCCGAAAUUCAAGUCAAAUCUAUGUUCUCUUUCUUUAGCUUCUGUGGCCCCUGUGUAUAGCAAAAAUCCCACAACGGCCCCUCCCAGACUCACUCAAUGCUGCUCGAAAUCAGCGAGAAGAUCAGUUUGAUGCUAACCCUUCACUGUGGGAAAGCCUUGUAACUUUAGAGACAUGCAUCUCUCCAUGAGCUGCUAUUGCACUAGAAGACAUCUUGGCUUUGCAAAGUGAAGCAUGUGUUAUACCCCACCAACUGAUCAAGCUAGUUUCUUCACACACUGCUGUGUGAUGGUUUCUUUGGAGACACAAGAUUCAGAAAACAGAGGACAGGCUGGCAGGCAGGUGACAACAGUUUUGGCUGUGGACCCCCCUCCCCCUUGAGAGAAUAUAGUCUGGUUAUACUAUUUGCUGAGUAAAGAGAAUGCUUUGACCUGCUUUAAACAGGGCAUGCUUGAGUGGUGAGGAAGGGCUUGUGACUUAGAAAGUGACAUUAUGGAUUAUUCAUUUCAGCAGUUUCUGUUUAUUUCUUACUUCAAUAGCACUGUAGGGGUGACUGUGACUUAGUUUGAAUUCUAUAGUGUAUAGUAUUAAGUUACUCAGAGUUUAUAUAUGUGUUGUGACUGUGGAUUACUGUUUA